UCCUUCGUGCCCGCCUAGCCCACGGACUCGUCAAUUUCGGCAUACUGUCUCUAUGGCUGGUCUUAUCAGGCUAGCUGUUCAGCGCCUUCCUAAGCGAAGGCCCGUAUCCUUUCUCCUCCUUUGGUCUAGGAGCAGUGGUUGCCUACACAGUACCGGGAGGAUAAAUACCACCCAGCUACUCCUCGAAAUAAUCCCCUUGUGCUCUCGUUGUCUGUUUAAUUUGGUGACUUGUCAUAUCUGCCAUGGCCGACUCACCAUCGUCUUCAGAUCCUGCCGAGAAGGAUUUAGAAACGGGUGCUGCACAGCGCUUGGGUCGACCGGAGCGACGAACAACCAUCAAGUUCGACGGUACCUCGUCUCCGGAGGCCCAGGGAGGCGUGUAUCAACCCCAGCAGCUGGGCCGUCCUCGUUCCCUGAGCAGGGACACUGCGAAGAGCGGGCGAACUGGAAUACAGAACUCUGGGACUGCCGGUAUUCCCAUCGAAUUUCGGACUCUGUCAAUCCAGAUAUCAGAGACACAGAAAGCGACUGAAGAGGUAGUGAAGGAGAGACAAGAGAAGGAGAGGCAUCCAGAUCAGGAUUACUUCGAGAGCCUAGACUUCCAUAUUCUCAGCACUGACAGAGUAUCUCAGCAACUCAAUGUCGACUGCAGAUACGGUCUCAGUUCAUCGACUGCUGCUCAACGGCUUCAACGUGACGGCAAGAACGUAAUUGCACACCACCGAGAGAAUUACCUCAAGAAAAUCCUCGGAUAUGUCUUUGGGGGUUUCUGUUCGGUGCUGUGGGUUGGUGUUAUCAUCUUCUUCAUCUGCUGGAAACCUUUGAGCGACCCCCCCUCGGUGCCUAGUCUUGCGAUGGCAAUCUUGGUUAUCAUCGUUAUUGUUCUGCAAGCAAGCUUUUCUGCCUUUCAGGACUGGUCUACGAAGCAUGUGAUGAACUCGAUACUCAACCUGCUUCCAUCGGAAGCACUGGUUCUUCGCGAUGGGAAACAGAUCAAAGUCCCCUCUACAGAGCUUGUCGUUGGUGAUAUAGUUUACGUCGCCAUUGGAAAUAAGGUUCCAGCAGACAUGCGUCUCUUCCAAAGCUCCGGAGAUGUUCGCUUUGAUCGUGCUGUCCUCACUGGCGAGUCUGAUGAGAUCGACGGAGCAAUAGACGCUACCGACGACAACUUUCUGGAAACCAGAAAUAUCGCCUUUAUGGGCACCAGUGUGACAAAUGGGAAUGCAGUUGGCAUGGUUGUGCUUACAGGCAGCGGCUCUGUAAUGGGCCGUAUAGCCAAGAUGACUGCUGGUGUCAAGGAGAAGCCAACUCUCAUCCAAAAGGAGAUUACGCGGUUUGUGACGAUUAUCAUUGGCCUCACCCUUACUUUGGUCCUGUUGAUCUUACUUACCUGGGUCGGUUGGUUGCGCGUUGACCACUUCGCCUUCAUGAAUGUCGUGGCAAUGUUGAACAAUGUCAUGGGCUGCGUUGUUGCUUUCAUACCCGAGGGCAUGCCAGUCGGAGUUGCUCUUACUCUCAUGAUGGUUGCGAAACGCAUGAAAAAGGCCAAUAUCUUACCCAAGGGUCUUGCCACAGUCGAAACAUUGGGCUGCGUAAAUGUCAUUUGUUCGGACAAGACAGGCACUUUAACCCAGAAUAAGAUGUCCGUCAGAUCACUAGGCCUACUCGAUACCGCGCUGGAUGUGGAUCAGCUCUUCAGCUUACAGCGCAAUGACAUGUCAGAGCCAUUGAAAAGCUUGGUUCGAGGAUCAUUGUUGUGUAAUGAUGCAUUCUUUGACCCGGCAACGAUUGCUUUGCCUAUUAAUGAGCGAGAUGUCACGGGAAAUGCCACUGAUGCCGCUGUCCUACGCUUUGCCGAAACUAUCAUGCCCGAUGGUCGUAAUCAGCUCUCCUCGUUCGAGAGGAUUCACCAGAUCCCCUUCAAUUCGAAGAACAAGUGGAUGCUAACGAUACAUCGGGAUCCUACCAAUACAGACGGGUACCUUGUUUUCGUUAAAGGUGCACCAGAUGUUCUACUUCCGAAAUGCACCUCAUAUCUAUCUGGAUACGAUAGCACGAGCAAGGCUCUGGACGAAAAGGCAAAAGAGAUGUUCUCAAAUUUCCAAGCUGAAUUAUCCAGAAAGGCGGAGCGUGUGAUUGUUCUCUGUCAGCGGCGCUUCACUCCUCGCGCUGCUAUUGGGUCAAAUGAUUUUAACGAGGAGGUUUUGAAUGAAUGUGUCCAGAAUCUGACGGUUACUGGGAUUUUCGGGAUCAUCGAUCCACCACGACCGGAGACUGCAGAUACGGUAGCCGCUUGUCGAAAAGCUGGUAUUCGUUUCUUCAUGGUUACAGGUGACUUCAGUUUAACUGCGGCAGCUAUCGCAAGAGAUAUCGGUAUCUUCAGUGGCACCGCUGAGCCAGAUACUGUGGAUGACCUGAAGCCCUUCACUAAUGACGAGAAUGACGAGAAGCAUUCACUUCAAUCUCACCACAGCCUCCUGGUUGACGGCAAGCAUAUUGCAUCCCUCAACGAUUGGCAGUGGGAUGCUGUGUGCAAGUAUGAAGAAAUCGUGUUUGCUCGAACUUCACCCGAACAAAAGUUCCGCAUUGUAGAGGAACUCAAGAGCCGUGACAACGUCGUCGCUGUAACGGGAGACGGUGUCAAUGAUGCUCCGGCAUUACGUGCAGCCGACGUUGGUAUUGCGGUGGUCUCCGGCAGUGACGUUGCAAUCGAGGCAGCCGAUCUAGUACUUCUCGACAAAUUCGAUUCGAUUGCUCAGGCGAUUCGACUGGGUCGACUCGUUUUCCAAAACCUCCAAAAAGUGAUCGCAUAUUUGCUGCCUGCCGGCAGUUGGUCCGAGAUAUGGCCAGUCUUGAUGAACGUGUUCUUCGGCGUCCCACUGCCCCUAAGCUCUUUCCUUAUGAUCAUCAUCUGUGUGUUCACAGACUUAUUCUGCUCCCUUGCGCUCAUCAUGGAAAAGGAGGAAUACGACCUUCUCAGCGUACCCCCACGAAAUCACAAAAAAGACCACUUGAUCAACCUGAAGAUAUACGGACAAUCAUACCUCUUCGUCGGUGUCAUGGAGGCAUUCUGUGCGCAUUCAAUGUUCUUUCUCUACAUGUACAAGAAAGCAGGCAUCCCAUUCCAUGCCCUCGUCUUCGCAUUUGAGAAGUACUCAGAUGGUUUCUAUGGCUACACACAGGACGAGCUGACCAACUUCAACAACGUCGGCCAAGGCGUCUACUUCGUGAGUCUCGUCAUGCUCCAGUGGGGUAACAUCCUCUCUGUGCGCAACAAACGCAUGUCAAUCCUCCAAGCAGACCCCGUCCGCAGGCAACGCCGUAACCCCUGGCUCCCACUGUCGAUGGCCAUAUCCCUUGUCAUCGCCAUCUUCGUCACCGAGGUCCCGGGCUUCCACAGAUUAUUCAACACCGCACCAGUACCCAUCGAGUUCUGGUUCAUCCCUCUGGCGCUGGCGCUAGGUAUCCUACUCAUGGACGAGCUUCGAAAACUACUGGUCCGGCAAUUCCCAAAAAGCAUAAUCGCAAAAAUAGCUUGGUGAUCGCUUUGCCGGUGCAAGAAGGAACACAACACUACACUACGCUAUUUGUGUACCUUUCGACCGCUGGAUAUCUUCCUUUCAAAGAUGAUAUAAUAGACGGUAUAUCCUAAAUUCGGCGGUAACGUCGUUUAUGAGUCCAUGCACAAGUUUGAGGGCGGAUAUGUGAUUUCUAGAGACGGUGGUGUUUGUAUCUUUGGCCAGGUUGGGAGAGGAUUUAUUUGAAAAUAAUGUCUGUUUCUUGAAAAUAUUA